AUGCUUCUCCCCCGAGAUGUCGAGGCAGAGGGUGUGCUUAAGCGCCGACAGUCAGAUCCCAGCAGUGGUUCCGGUGGAGGAUCGACCGUGAUCGUUGCGGUCGUGGUGGCCGUGGUCGCCGUCGUGUUGGUACUUAUAGUAUCAUGGUAUACCCUGAGAAGGUUACGCUUCAAGCACGAGAACCCGCGAUACGUACCGACAGAGUUCCUCAAGAAGAGGUGGCGGAAUUGGAAACCUCGGAAGCACAGUCUAUCGAAGGGCAACUACAGUGCGAGGCUACAAGAGGACUCCGAUGUGCCAACAUUACAGCUGCGAAGCGAGAACCGAAGCGCCCGAACAAGUCGACAAGACCUGCCGGAUCUCGAGCGACAACAGGCUGAGCAGACUACUACACAAGCCGGGGAUGGCGUCAACCGUAACACCAGCGUGCGAUCAGUCAUGACACUGCCAACAUACUCGCGAUCGGUCCGCGAGAAUGAACGAGUGUUGGGGCGAGAAGGUGAAAGAGACGGAAUUGAUGUUGUCGUCGAAGCACCAGAAGGGGAAGAGGAGGAGGAGGAAAGACGCGAGGAAGAGAUGGAGAGUCUGUACCAGAUCCGGCUACAACGACGAAGGGAAGUUGAAGAGCGAGAAGAUCGAAGAAGACGAAGACGAGAGGCCAGGCAAAGAGGCGACUUCGCAGAGGUCGAGCGAAUUCGACAAGAGGGUGUCGCAGCAACGUCGCAGAGAGAAACCGCUGGUGCGUCGGCUAUGAUCACCGAACACCAAGGGAAGAACAGAGACCGGAGAAUCAGCAGUGUCAGCUAUGCUGAUGUGGGUGUUGCUCGACACGACGGCACCAGGAUACGUGCGGGUUCUACAGAAUCGGAUAGCAGACCUCUCCUGGACUCUGCAGCGAGUAUCAGUGGUGGUGCAAGUCUUCGUCCUUGGUCUACGCGGGAUUCGCAUGGUUUCACCCAUCAUCGAAACCAGUCGCAGCAGACCUUCAACUCUGCAUCGGAUGACUCCUCUGAAAUAGUUGAUAUUGGGGAUGCACCGCCGUUUGGUCGGGCUGGAAGCGACUACGAGAUCGUUACCAUGAACCAAGGCGGCCACUCACGCAAUGGGUCGGCGAUAAGCACUCCUGCGGGUGGUCGAAGUCGGGCAUCUACGACAAACACCAUGCCGGUGCGGCCCUCUAUUGACACAGCAGUCAGCGGAGACCUUGGCGAGUCACAGAUACCCAGCGCUGAGCCGCCUUCGUAUGAUGGCGACGGCUUCGAAGAGGCCCCACCCUAUACCUCGCCGAUCCAACAACGAGCCCCAUCAUUGCGUUUGUCGGCUACUCAGCAGCCAGACUCCGAAAGAUCAUCUUCCCCCAACGGUGCGCCUCUUUUACCUGAAAUUGGUCGAUUGCCCAGCAUACGAAUAGCGGAAGCCACUCCAGUGAAUCCCGCCGCGCCCACCUUCCCAGCCACCGUCAGGGAAGACACUCAUCGUGAGGGGGACUCAUGA